GAUCUGGUGGAAGAAAAGUCAGACAAACGCAGGCACGCGCACAGUGGGAGAGCAGGACUGCCUGCUGGCGCUGUGCUCUCAGUCCCACUGAAGGGUGGAGGAGGAAGGAGGGACCCUUCCUGGGACGGAACCCUGAGCUGAGAGGAGAGGCAGGUGCGGCAGGUGUGUCACCCGGAUCAUGAGGUCAUCCCUCUGCUGGCUCCUCCCACUUCUCCUCAUCUUGGCCUCAGUGGCUCAAGGCCAGCCAACAAGACGACCAAGACCUGGGACCAGGCCCAGGCCCAGGCCCAGGCCCAGACCCACACCUGGCUUUCCUCGGCCCGGUGAGCCAGUGGAGCCGACGGACCUGCCUCCUCCUCUCCCACCGGGCCCUCCAUCAAUCUUCCCUGACUGCCCCCGGGAAUGCUACUGCCCCCCGGAUUUCCCCUCUGCCCUCUACUGUGACAGCCGCAACCUGCGCAAAGUGCCCGUCAUCCCCUCCCGCAUCCAUUACCUCUAUCUCCAGAACAACUUCAUCACUGACCUCCCCGUGGAGUCCUUCGAGAACGCCACGGGCCUGAGGUGGGUCAACCUAGACAACAACCGGAUCCGCAGGGUGGACCGGAGGGUGCUGGAGAAGCUCCCCAGCCUGGUGUUCCUGUACAUGGAGAAGAACCAGUUGGAGGAGGUCCCCGCGGCCCUGCCCCGGAACCUGGAGCAGCUGCGGCUCAGCCAGAAUCAGAUCUCCCGGAUCCCGCCCGGCGUCUUCAGCAAGCUGGAGAACCUGCUGCUCCUGGACCUGCAGCACAACAAGCUGAGCGAUGGCGUCUUCAAGCCCGACACCUUCCAGGGCCUCAAGAACCUCAUGCAGCUCAACCUGGCCCACAACAUCCUGCGCAAGAUGCCACCCAAGGUGCCCCCGGCCAUCCACCAGCUCUACCUGGACAGCAACAGGAUCGAGACCAUCCCCAACGGGUACUUCAAGGGCUUCCCCAACCUGGCCUUCAUUCGGCUGAACUACAACAAGCUGUCGGACAGGGGCCUCCCCAAGAACUCCUUCAACAUCUCCAACCUGCUGGUGCUCCACCUGUCGCACAACAAGAUCAGCAACGUGCCUGCCAUCAACAACAGGCUGGAGCACCUGUACCUCAACAACAACAGCAUCGAGAAAAUCAACGGGACCCAGAUCUGCCCCAACAACCUGGUCACCUUCCACGACUUCUCCUCGGACCUGGAGAACGUGCCGCACCUGCGCUACCUGCGGCUGGACGGCAACUACCUGAAGCCGCCCAUCCCGCUGGACCUCAUGAUGUGCUUCCGCCUCCUGCAGUCCGUGGUCAUCUAGGCCUCACGGUGGUGCUGGGUCUGCUCUGACCGCACCUGCAGGCUGGCGGCCCAGUGCCCGUGCCCACUCUCCGUUCUCUCUGUCCCCCUUUCUCGCUCCCAGCUUUGCCUCUCUUAGCCCACCUCUCUGAGGCAGGAAGAAGCCAGAUAGUCUGCCUUUUACUCUGAGCGAGACUCCCAGGGCCUGGACCCGGUCCCACCCAGUUCACGGAUGCCCACUGCACACCUGAACUGCUGGCCUCUGUGGACUCCCUGUGCUCUAAACACAGGUACUUAUCUAGGGACACCAGGUCCCGCCCUCCCCUCCUCUGCCUGCACUCCUGGGUAAGUCUGGGCCACAGACUGACGUCUGGCCUAGGUCUGGGCCAAGCAGGAGGAAGAUGGUCAGGGGCAGCCCAAGGGGAAGGUCGGAAAGUCCCGCUGGAAGUACACCCAUUUUGGGCAACUCUGACUCAAAGAGGCUGAGAAACCUGGGUCUCCUUGGCCAAGGAUCCCUCUUCCAAAACUGCAGCUCCAGGCCCUAUUUCCUGGCACCAGACAUCCUGUUCCCUGCUGGCCUGUGUUCUCCAAGAAAAAAGAGAGAGGGGAUGACUGAACAGGGUGGGGUACAGGGUCAGGGCUCCAGCCAAGGCCUGCCUCUGGCCAUCCCUUCACGGGGACAAGAGGUGCCCCUCCUCCAUCCCCUCCUGUAAAUGGUGAACACAGCACACGCCCUCAGGAGUGGACCUCAGAGAGGGACAGCCAAGAACAUUCAGGGACCUCAGAAUCAGCUGGUGAGAGAGGAGGGGGAGUCAGAGCCUUGGGAUGGGCCCACGUGGGUGUCGAUGGGUCCUGCAGCCCCAUUGCAAAACCUGGACAGGAAGCCUGAGGCCCUGGGGGAACAUACUGUUCCCAUCUGUUCCCUAUCAGUGUGGAAGACCCGGUUAUUUCCACCACCACCACCUCCACCCCCCUGGGAGUGGGAGGAGUCCUGAGAAACUGGGAAGAGGGGCGGAGCAACCCAAAUCUCCCAGAAGCCUCUUCCACAUUUGCAAAUUGGCCUCUGCCUCUUAGAGAGACACAUCAGCGACAUCUGGUGGCUGGUGGAGGUCACAGCUGGCUCCAGGCUCCCUCCUUGCCCUUUCCCUGGGGGUGAUUUUCAAGGUGAAAGAGUUGUCCUUGGGUUCCAACUUGGAAGAGUCAUGGACUGUGUGCAUGGGGUCUCUCCCCUCUGGGGUUUGGUAGGUACAAAGGUCCAGAGGCCAGGGCUCAGUCCCAUGUGGCAUGGACCCCAGAUGAGGAUGGCUUGCUCUGGUUUACUGGACAGCUUUGUUGGGUGCCUUCUGCUCAGAGAGUGGAUAAGAUGCUCCCACAAAGUCCCCCCGGCGCUCAUGUGUCCCAAGGCUAUGGCUCCACACCAGCUCAUACAAGUCCUGAACACCG